AUGUGGUAUAAAUUUUCUACAUUGAUGAAACUACUAAGAGUGGUUGCCUAUUGUCGAAGAUUCCUGAAAAAGAAAAAGGAUACUAGUGCAUAUUUGAAAACAGAAGAAAUAAAAGAAGCAUUACAUAUAAUGAUAAAGAAAGCACAAAUAAAAGAAUUUAAUGAGGAAAUAGAAACAUUAAAAAAGGGUAAUUUUAUACAAAAGAAAAGUAAACUUAUCUCAUUUAAUCCAUUCUUAGACGACAAAGGCAUACUUCGCAUUGGUGGACGGAUUUAUCAUGCUACAGUCAACAGAGAUACAAAACAUCCAGCAUUGAUUCCUCACGAUUCUUAUUUAGCUGGGUUGCUCGUCCGUGAGGCUCAUAUUAGAACACUACACGGUGGACCUCAAGUAAUGAUCAAUUACCUGAGAUCUAAAUAUUGGAUACUUAGAGAUAAAUCGCUUGUAAAAAAUCAUUUUCGAAAAUGCGUUACUUGUAUACGUUUUUCCGCUCAAAACCAAACUCAGCUGAUGGGCCAGUUACCUCCGUCAAGAGUAAGGCCAAGCAGAGCCUUCUCAUAUAGUGGUGUGGAUUAUGCGGGGCCGAUCAACAUAAGGGUUUCAAAAGGCCGAAGCAAUCGAUCAUAUAAAGGCUAUAUAUGUUUAUUCAUUUGUAUGGUUACUCGAGCAAUUCAUCUAGAGGUUGUAAGCGACAUGAGCUCUGAAAGUUUUCUAGCAGCAUUGAGGCGAUUCACUGCACGACGAGGUCACUGCAUGGAAUUAUUUAGUGACAAUGGCACUAAUUUCGUUGGUGCAGCUCGGGAACUCAAGCAACUUUUUAAUGAAGAAAACUCAAGAAACAGUAAAAUUGGAGAAUGGUUAGAAUCACACGAUACAAAGUGGCAUUUUAACCCACCACAAGCUCCUAACUUCGGAGGUUUAUGGGAAGCUGGCAUAAAAUCAACCAAAUAUCAUUUAAAAAGAGUGAUUGGAAACUCUACAUUAACUUAUGAAGAGAUGUCAACACUCUUAACGCAAAUUGAGGCUUGCCUAAAUUCUAGGCCUAUGACAUCUAUAACAGACGAAAUUAAUAAAUAA